UUUUAUUCUCCCACUUUCUCUUUCUUACCAAGCAAAACAGGAAAAAACAGAGGGAUUCUUUGCUGUCCUAAGUUACCUUGUUUCUUUUGGGUGCUUAUUUUGAUCGCCAGGAGAAAGGUUAAACCAAUCGAGAGAAGAUUUUUGUGAGUUUUUGUUAUUGAUAAAGGGCGUCAUGGAUCAUGCUGCUGAUGCUCAUAGAACUGAUUUGAUGACCAUCACUCGCCAUGUCCUGAAUGAGCAAUCCAAGUACCCUGAAUCUCGUGGCGACUUCACCAUUUUGCUCAGUCACAUUGUUCUUGGCUGCAAAUUCGUCUGCUCUGCUGUUAGCAAGGCAGGUCUUGCAAAACUCAUUGGACUUGCCGGAGAGACCAAUGUUCAGGGUGAAGAACAGAAGAAGUUGGACGUGCUUUCGAAUGAAGUGUUUGUCAAGGCGUUGAUUAGCAGCGGCCGAACAUGCAUCCUUGUUUCUGAGGAGGACGAAGAGGCCACAUUUGUGGAGCCAUCAAAGCGUGGAAGAUACAUUGUUGUUUUUGACCCUUUGGAUGGAUCCUCGAACAUUGACUGCGGUGUUUCCAUUGGAACUAUUUUUGGUAUAUACUUGGUGAAAGAUAAAGAUAACCCAACCCUUGAUGAUGUACUGCAACCUGGAACAAAUCUGUUGGCGGCUGGCUACUGUAUGUACGGAAGUUCCUGCACGCUAGUGCUGAGUACGGGGAGUGGCGUCAAUGGAUUCACACUUGAUCCAUCUCUCGGGGAGUUCAUUUUAACUCAUCCACAUAUCAAGAUACCUAAGAAAGGAAAGAUUUACUCAGUGAAUGAAGGAAAUGCCAAAAACUGGGAUGAGCAAACCACAAAGUUUGUGGAAAAAUGCAAGUUCCCUACGGAUGGUUCGCCACCAAAGUCCCUUAGAUACGUUGGAAGCAUGGUUGCAGAUGUCCACCGCACGUUGCUUUAUGGUGGUAUCUUUUUAUACCCUGCAGAUAAGAAAAGUCCCAACGGGAAGCUACGUGUUCUCUACGAGGUGUUCCCAAUGUCAUACCUGAUGGAGCAAGCAGGAGGUCAGGCUUUCACCAGCAAGCAGCGGGCACUUGACUUGGUUCCAAAGAAGAUACAUGAGCGUUCUCCAGUUUUUCUUGGCAGUUACGAUGAUGUUGAAGAAAUUAAAGCACUCUAUGCUGCUGCUGAGGAAAAUAAUGCGUAACAUGUGAUGUGAUGCUAACAUAUAAUAAGUUUUCUUUGUACAAGAAUGAUAGUACCACUUUUCUGAUCAAGAAGAAUAAUACCAUUUAUUGUAGCAUAAAUCAUGGUCAUCAGCAAAUGUGUCGUGUGAAACUUUACGUUCCUGAUCUAGAUUUAAUGUAAAUUACGAAGUAAGAAGCAGUCACGAUCGAAUUUCGGAUU